AUGCCUGAAAAGAGACCGAGGGCGCAUGCUGCUAAGAAGAGGGGGCGUCCCACCACUAAAGUGCUGCAGGGACGGCGGCGGGCGAGGGCGGGGACUGCCGGCAACGCGAACCCGCCCGCAGCGCAGCCCCGAAGGGCGGAGGAAGCGCCACGGCAGCAGCGGCCAAGGUGGACCCUUGAGAGUCGCGUGGAGGAGGUACUGAUGGAGGGAGAAGCCCCAGCCAGAGAGAUGCUGCUGAACGACUUCCUUCGGGAGUACGUUGACCCCAACUACGCCGUGGACGAAUACGACAAUGUUCCGAUGGGGAUGUUUGCGCGGAGACCAGGCGAUUACAUCCCAGACACGGAGCUCCUCGAGAACAUUGUUGGGUUGCCAGCGUACCAGCCGUACGCUCUCCGUGAAGAGUUGCGCAGGAUUGCGAGGAAAGGGGUGGUCACGCUCCGGGACUGGAGGGAGGCUUCAUCGCGGUUGUACAUCUCCUUUAGAAAGGCGUUAGAAAAACUCAGCGCAGCCCUUGAGGUGGCGAAGGCAGAAGCGGCAAGGCGGGAAGAAAACGAAGGGGCAAAGCGGAAAAAGAAAAGGGCGAGACUACCGAUUCCGGUGGGUUUCUACGACUCGGUGUUCAACGCGAAGUGGAGCCACGUCUUGGGGUAUCCCGAGGGCGCGGGGGAAGAGGCGGCGGUGCGAAUGGAGGUGCGUGAGGGCCAAGAACCAAAAAUGCCUUGGGUGAUCGGUGGUUAUGGCGAUUUUUGGCUGGAUGAUGACGAGGCAGACCAGUUCCGCCCGCCGCGCCCCACGCUGAUGGUACUCACCUCCGAGAAGGGCUGGCCGCACUCGCUGCGGGAGGGAACAGCCACCACCGACUGCUACGUUAACUUCGAGAUGGAGCGGGUGUGGGAGAUCGUCGAUAGAAACAUGCGCGAGAUCUUCCGCGCUGAAGAUCACGGGCUGCCUGACGUGCAGUCACACUUCCUGCUUGGGACGUACGGGGUCGGGCGGUGGCUGAAUGCCGGCGCCUUCAUCCUUUACAAACUGCUGCACUACGAUAAAUACCCAAUUCGUUAUGUUGCCUACUUCCUUGGAGGAGAGUUGGCGCUCAUGUUUGACAAGGAAGAGAAGACGGUGGAGAAAUAUGAGGGCGCGAAGAAGAUCAAAGAAGCUGUGAGUCGUUUGAAUUGUAAUCCUGAAGAGAGAGGGUUUGCUAUCUACGACGCGGCGGAGGAAGGAGGGGCGCCGCCGUCAGGCUUGUAUUGUUAUGGGUAUGGGAUGGUCGUGGUGGCGUCCCCGAACGGCAAUAACUUCAGAGGAUGGGUGGGGGGUGCGGACCGCCACCACUGCGUCAUGAGCUGCCCCAGCGAGAACGAGGUGAAGGCGAUGUGUGCCUGGAUGAAGCGUGGCCGCCCCGCGCAGGAGCAAGCGGACUACUGGGAGACGGUCAAGCAGCGCAUGCAGUUUGUCGGGCCGAUUCCGCGUUACAUCUUCACUGAGGCUGACUUCAAUGAGCACGCUGCGGCACUUGGGAGCGCCCUGCAGGCGAUUGACGCCUCGGUUGCCAAAGACUACUUUCCCCGGGCAGAUGAGAAGGUGUGGAGUCCAGAGAAUCCGUUUCAUAAACUUGUGAAAAUUGAGCGGGAACGUCGCGAACGCGGUAUUGACGUUAUUCGCAUCGCACCGGCGUGUGACCACAUCAGACAAAAGCUAUUGGAUCGUUUGUGUGAGGUACUGACCCUCGCAGAGGCUGUCUCGCUACUAACGUGUGGUUCUCGCCUUCCUUAA